AUCUGUUUGGCGAUUAGCACAGUAAUCGGCGUUAUGGAGAGAAAAAGACCGCGAAAUUGUGCAUACAAAUUCUGGCUGGCGCCAAAUUCAACUCAACCUCUUCUACACAAAACCCUUCCCCUUUCCCUUUCACUCCACACAACUUCUAAUGGUUUGACGAUUUUCCACACUAUGCAACUUUGUUAAUCUUGAUUACCCUCUUUUCCGGAAUACCCAAAAGUUCUUUUUGCCUGAUUUUCAACAUGGAGGUAAACGCCAUUCUAGAAGAGAAACUCAAAAAGAUUCGAUCUGUGGUCGGCCUUGACUUUCCGGAUUCCUUUAUUCAUCGGACGUUGUCGAGAAACGGCGGUGACCCUGAUGAGGCUAUUAAGUACAUUCUCGAAAACCCUGGGUUUUUGGCCAGGCCACUGUCUGUUGUACGGACUGUCACUAGCACCGGUGCUCGAGUUUCGACACAGUUCAUGCAGAAGGAUUCUAUGGAGUCGGAGGAGGUAGCGAAACCGACGGUACAAGUGAAGGAGGAACCGGGUUUAGGGCUCGAAGAUAAAGGCAUUGAUAAUUGGGGAGUAAGCUCGGAUCGUUCAAAGGUCACUGGAACGUCGAAAAUGACACUUGACGAGUUUCUUAAACCGAAUGCGAUGAGCGAUGAGGAGUAUAGCAAGAUCCUUAAGGAAAUGGCGGCAGCGAAACCCAGUGCCAAGAAUAAUGUAAAGGAGGAACCAGUUGAGGCGAUGGCGCAAUCUGGUGCUGGUACAAAUGCGAGGGUAAAAGAAGAACCAGAUUUGGAGGUUAAGAACAGAGCAUUUGCUAAAAAAGCAAGGUCGGAGACUGAAAAUUUUGCAAUGUCGGUUUCAAGCAAUACAAGUGGCAUGCAAAGGAAUGGGACCUUUUCUAAUGAUGGGAGGUGCAAGAUUGAAGAUGGGGAUUUCCCUAUUGAGCCCGAUUGGUUUUUGGUGGGAAGGACAGUGGUCACAGCCAUGUCCACCACGAAAGGGAAUAAAUUAGCAGAUAAUGAAAUUGUUAAUUUUGCGUUUCCUUCUUCAAGUUCUAGAUUCAAUGCGCAAUGGAUUGUUCGCUUCUCAACUAAAAGAAGUGGAGAGAUUGGUCGCCUACCAAUGGAGUGGGCAAAAUGUGUAGUUCCACUUGUCAACUCCCAGAAAGUUAAAAUUCUUGGACGAUGUAUAGCUGCACCAGGAAACCUUCACAUAAUGCAAGAGAUCCUUCUAUAUGUUAGCUUUUAUAUUCAUAAUUCAGUAUUCUCAGACAUUGAUACAGUUACAUGGAAGCUGGAGGCUACGCACAUUGACUCUACAAUUUAUCCUCUUCUUACCCUUUUCAAAUUACUGAAAAUCACACCGUACCAGAAGGCUGAAUUUACACCAGAAGAACUUGAUUCAAGGAAGCGUCUGCUGAAGCUUGAAGAUGAUCCAGAUGAAUCAACAUCUAUGCUACCUCUUGUGAAGCGAAGAAAGGGUUCCCAGCAAUUUGCAGAUCAAAACAAAGAUGACCAAACUCUUAAUGAAUCAUCACUGACUAAGCUUGUUGGUGCAGUAGAUAUGUAUAAUCUGGAUGAAAUGGAGCCUCCACCUACACUAACCUGUGAUCUUAGGCCUUAUCAAAAGCAAGCUCUAUUCUGGAUGUCUGAGUUGGAGAAGGGGAUCGAUGUUGAGAAGGCCGCACAAACCCUUCAUCCAUGCUGGUCAGCCUACCGUAUCUGUGAUGAGAGAGCAACCUCAAUCUAUGUAAACAUUUUCUCUGGGGAAUCAACUACAAAAUUCCCAACUGCAACACAGAUGGCAAGAGGAGGAAUUCUCGCGGAUGCAAUGGGGCUUGGAAAGACGGUUAUGACAAUUGCUCUUAUACUUGCGAGGAUGGGCAAAGGAUGCCCUGAUAACCAAAAGUCCACAGUGAAUAAGAAAGUAACCACAGAGAAAAAAAGUCAGAAAUCCACGACUAAAGCAAGGGGUGGCACCCUUAUUGUUUGUCCAAUGGCUUUGCUGGGUCAAUGGAAGGAGGAACUUGAAAUACAUUCAGAGCCUGAAAGUAUUUCCAUAUUUGUUCAUUAUGGUGGUGAUAGAACUAACAACCCGGAGGUGCUAUUAGGAUAUGAUGUUGUAUUGACAACGUAUGGUGUCCUAACAUCGGCCUAUAAGAGUGAUGGAGAGUUUAGUAUUUACCACAGAGUUGAUUGGUACAGAGUUGUGUUAGAUGAAGCCCAUACAAUUAAAUCAUCAAAGACACAAACUGCACAGGCUGCCUUUACACUGAACUCAUAUUGUCGCUGGUGUCUUACUGGAACCCCCCUCCAGAAUAACCUGGAAGACCUUUUCAGCCUGUUAUGCUUCUUGCGAGUGGAACCGUGGUGCAAUUGGGCAUGGUGGAACAAGUUGAUUCAAAGGCCUUAUGAAAAUGGUGAUCCUAGAGGCUUGAGAUUGAUCAAGGCUAUCCUGAGGCCACUCAUGUUGAGGAGAACUAAAGAUACAAACGAUGCAAACGGAAGGCCUAUUCUUGUUCUUCCUCCUACUGAUAUUCAAACCGUCAUGUGUGAACAGUCUGAGGCUGAACAUGAUUUUUAUGAUGCACUUUUUAAGAAAUCAAAAGUCCAGUUUGACCAGUUUGUAGCACAAGGAAAGGUUCUCCACAACUAUGCAAACAUCCUCGAGCUCUUGCUUCGACUUAGGCAGUGUUGCAACCACCCAUUUCUUGUAAUGAGCCGAGGAGAUUCACAACAAUAUGCCAACUUAAACAAGCUUGCAAGAAAGUUCCUUGAAUCCAACACUAAUUCUACAACAAUGGAGCAGGUUGCACCAACUCGAGCAUAUGUCGAAGAUGUUGUCGAGUGCAUUCGGCGAGGGGAAAACACUGAGUGUCCAAUAUGUUUGGAAUUUGCUGACGAUGCAGUGCUCACCCCAUGUGCUCACAGGAUGUGUAGGGAAUGUCUCCUCUCGAGCUGGAGGACCCCCACAUGUGGGUUCUGCCCAAUUUGUAGGCAAAUGCUGAGGAAAACUGAGCUCAUAACAUGUCCAUCAGAAAGCCCUUUCCGUGUGGAUGUUGAGAAGAACUGGAAGGAGUCUUCAAAAGUAUCAAAACUGCUGGAAUGCUUGGAGAGGAUUAAUCUGUUGGGUUCUGGUGAAAAGAGCAUUGUUUUUAGCCAGUGGACUACGUUUUUUGAUCUCUUAGAGAUUCCCUUGAAGAGGAAAAGAAUUGGAUUCUUCAGAUUUGAUGGGAAGCUGUCGCAGAAACAUAGGGAAAGAGUUCUAAAGGAGUUCAGUGAAAGCAAGGAGAUAAAGGUGAUGCUGAUUUCUCUAAAAGCUGGUGGGGUUGGAUUGAAUCUAACCGCAGCAUCAAAUGUCUUCAUAAUGGAUCCAUGGUGGAAUCCCGCGGUUGAGGAACAAGCAAUCAUGAGGAUUCAUCGUAUUGGUCAGAAGAGGAGAGUCCGAGUCAGAAGAUUCAUUGUCAAGGACACAGUGGAGGAACGCAUGCAACAAGUUCAAGCCAGAAAGCAACGGAUGAUCGCCGGUGCACUCACUGACGAGGAAGUUAGAACGGCCAGAAUUGAAGAGCUCAAGAUGCUAUUUAGAUGAACAUCACUUGAGUUAAUUUAUUUAAUGAAAUCACUCGUAAAUAUUAUCAUUAUUGCGAUGGGCCUCUCUGUAAAAAAGCCCAAUUUUUGUAAAGUCAGCAGCAGGUGUAUGUCUUUAGGUUAGCUUGUUAAUUUGGAAAACAAAAGGCCUCAUUUUGUUGAAAGUCUUAUUUUGAUAAAGACAUACAAAUCGAAUAUUCCUAUUUUUGAAGGAGGUGAGAAUAUUUAGCACAAAAAAAAGAUUUAGUUAGAGAUGAGACAGCGAUUGGCCAACCAUUGAAUAAUGCAAUGAAAGGCGCUAAAGGUGGACCAUACACGUGUACAAGAUCAGUUACGUUUGAAAUCUUCAUAAUUAACCAGCACCGAGUAAACAAAUCCCAUGUUUCCACGUGGAACGUGAAGAUUUCAGGUGUCCGAUAUCCAAACCCAAUAGAAGGCUUUCUUUUUUUAGAAGAGGAAGCAGUCAACGACAUUGCCAUCUCAACAUUUGAAUUUUGACCACUGACCCUUUUAACCAACCCUUAAAUCUCCAUUCCCAAUUCUCACAAUUCUCACUCCUCUCUAAACUUCUUCAACUCCUCUUGUGUUUACCCACUUGGAUCUACCACCCAAAAGAGGGGGCAAAAAAAAAUGUCCGAUGCAGAGAGAAAAACUGCCACCACCGUUGCACCCACGAGGCUGCAGAGCCAGGCUCCGGCAUCCAUCGAGAUAAAGCGGGCGCUGAAUUGGAACGUGGCCAUACCGUUGUUAUCCCCUCUUGUAUCACCUUCGUCUUGUGGGAAUUCAGCUCCAGAGAAAAUGUUGUCAAUGGCUGAGAAUAAUGCGAGGGAGGAAACCAAAGGGCUAACCUUUACCAAAUGGCAGCACCCUGCGGCUCCAUUUUAUUAUGAGCCUGUCCCAAGGGCUAACCCCUUUGUGCCUGUGUGAAUAUUUCUUUUUCUUCUGUUUUUUUUAACAAUUCUUGUUCUGCUCAAUCCAUGGAACAAUUUGUAUGUAUAAAAGUUACAUCAAUAUUGAACUUUUCAUCUCAUAACUGUA